AUGAUUGUUGCGGGUUUCACUGGUCAACUCCGAGGUUGGUGGGAUAAUUUUCUAGAUGAUACAAAACGCGAAGCUAUCUUUAAUGCUACAAAUGAUCAACCGGGGAAAGAUAAUCUUGGUCGUGCUCUCCCGGCAGGUAGAUCAGAUGUAGUCUAUACACUCAUGCUAACUAUUAUUGAACAUUUUGGCAGACGAUUUACCAAUCAAUACGAAAAUAUUCGGACUCUUCUCAAUGGUUUAAAAUGCCGCCAUCUCGGCGAAUUUCGUUGGUACAAAGACACCUUUCUUAGUCGCGUCAUGGACUUACCCGAGAGUAAGUAUGAACACUGGAAAGCUAAAUUCAUUGACGGUCUUCCCCCCUUAUUUGCUGAACGUGUUCGUAAAACUCUUAGAGGAUCUUAUGGCGAGAUCCCUUAUUCUGAAAAGACUUAUGGUCAACUAAUUGUAGCUUGUACACAAGAAGGCUUAGCCCUCUGUAAUGAGCUAAAAUUAGCUAGACAAGUCAAGCUUGAUAAGCUCAGAGAAAAAUCUCAAUUGGGCGACUUCUGUGAACAAUUCGGCAUGAAAAAACCCUUGGUUCAAAAAUCCCGAAAAUAUUCAAAAUCCAAACCUUACUAUAAACCCAAACACUCUAGGCAUCGGAGUAAGGAAGAGCGCGAAGCUCGAAAGUCCUUCCGAAAGUCUACUAGAUUUGCUAAAAAUCAUUCGAAGCGUGAUUUAGCAAAAAUCAAAUGCUAUAAGUGUAGUGAGCAAAAUCAAGAUAACAGAUGUGAUGACUGUGAUAAUGAGUUGUGCAAUUGUGAUGAAAUGAUGUAUAAACUUCAAGCGCAAUUCGAAGACCUAGAUCUUGAUAUUAAAACUCUCACCGCUGAAAAUAUUCUUGAAUUACUUAAAGAAGUUUCGGAUGAAAAACUUCGUGAGAAAAUCCUUAAUCUUGCUACCCAAAAAACUUCUGCUUUUUCUAGUACAUCUAGAGAUAACACUUUCGAAAAUCAACCUAUGUCUUAUUCUUUAGCUGAAGUAAAUCGGCGGCUUUAG